AUGUGCAUGAUGUACUUGGUGUACGGCACACUGAUCAUUCUGAUACUGUUUGUGAUCUUCUCGAACCGCGACGACAGCGACUCGCACCGCUCGUCGGGCGCCGAGAGCAAGUGUCGCUCAGAGAUUAGUCUGUCAUCGAUUGAUCGCAGCAGUGUAAUGUCACAAUGGACGCGAACCAGUUCAAGUGGUAGCAGUGGAUGUGAUAGUCUCUCCUGUCCCAUGGCCACCACCGUUGUACCACCAACCAAUCAUUGUACGGCAGCUGCAGCACAGUUCUCAUCAUAUAAUGGUGCUUCAUUACAAGAACCAUAA